AUGGCUCAAUUUGACAUUAGCAAAAAAAAAACAAAUGAAUUUACUUAUACUGAAAUACUGGAAGAGGUUAAUAUAAGUAUUAUAUAUAUAGAAUAAUAUGUUGAAACGUAAAUUUUAAGAUUUAAUGAAGCAAAUCAAAUAAUUUGAAUAGGAAAGUAGAGGGUUAUAAUAUGAGAAUGAAAUAUUAUAAAAAUGCUUGACUUAAUAAAAAAGUAAUUAAUAAUAAGAGGUUAAAAAUAAAUAAGUCGAAGAUUAAAUUACAUAAUUAUAAGCAAUUCAUUAAAAAGAGAAAGAAUAUUGGAUAAGAGAUCAAUAAGAAUAAGUGAGUAGAAUCAAAUAAGUUUAAGAGUAAACUAAAAGAAUUUUAUAAGAUAAGAUAGAUAAUUUAGAGAAAGAAAAUGAAUUUUUAUAAAUGGAACUUGAAAAUAACAAAACUAUAAUUGAAAAUUAUGAAUUUUAAAUGGAGUAAAGUAAUUAAUAUAUGUGAGAACUAGUUCAAUAAAAUCAUAAGGCAGAGUUAAAUAAUUUGUAGAGAGAAAUAAAAUAAAAAUAAUACAGUAUUGACGAGUUGAAAUUGUAAAUAUAAGAAUAAGGGAUGAUAUCUUAAAGAAGUAAUAAUAAUUAGGAGUUAUUAAACAAGUUAAAAGAAGUUAUGUAUUAUUUAUUGUAAUUUUAGAGAUGAAUUAAAUAAAUGUAAGAAGAUUAUAUCAAAUUAAUAAAAUGAGAUUUAAUUAUAAUGUAGAUUAUUUGAUGAAUUAAGAUAAGAUUAUCAAAAAAAGUUAUGCAAAGAACGAUCUAAAUCAUAAAUGAGUUUCAAAGCAGCACAAGAAGUCAAAAAUGAAUAUGAGAAAAAAUAUUGCAAUUUGAUGGAAUAGAUAAUAAAAAACUAAACAUCAAAAAGUUGCAAUGCUUCAUUUAAAUUGUUGCCAAGUUAAAUGGAUUAGACAAUUAAUAAUGAUUUUUCUAGAAUAUCGAAUAAUUAAUCAAAUAAUAUGUAUUUAAUUAUAAUAUAAAUUAGUGGAGGUUUGAGCGCAAUAAAUAAAGCUUUGAGUGAUUCGAUGGAUGAUUAUGAAAAGAGUAUUUUGAAUAAUAUAUCUGGGAAUGCUACAAAACGUAAGCCAAGUAAAUCAGAAUGGGAAAAAAAAUAGAAAGGACAAUAAAGUAUUAUGAUUAGUGUAUCUCCAGAAAAUUAGAUGCGUCCUUAAUCUUAAUAAUAAGAGAUAUGUAUUAUAUUUUGAUAAAUAAUUUAGUUUCACCUAAAAUAUCUUAAAAAAGAGCUUAAUCUAUUCAUUCAAGUAAAGGAAUAAAAUAAUAUACAUUUAAUUUAUGUGAAUAUAAUGAAUCUCGUAAUUCAAAUGAUUCUGAUCAAUAUUAUAGUUAAUGCACUUAAUAAACAAGAUAAAGUAAGUUAACAUUAAAACCUUAAAAAUGCGGAGGUGAUUUAAAAAGAAAUUCUAAACAUUAAAAAUCACUUUCUACUUACAGAAGUGUAAAAGAUAAAGAAAAUCUUUAAUUUACAAUUCCAGAAGAGAAUUAAAAAAUAAAUAGUAUAAAUACUAGUAAAUAAUUAUAAAUUUUGGAAGAUAAAAAUGAGAGAUUGGAUACUAAUACAAAAUUUAAUUCUUUAUUAAAAGUAAUUUGA